CUACCGAUGACAGGAUAAUCAUUUUUCAAAAUUUAAGGGUGUCCCGGAUUACCAAUUAUAAUUUUUUUUUUAUCCAUACGAAACUACUACCGAGGGUUGGAUAAUCGUUUUCCCAAAUUUUAGGGGUGUCCCGAUGUAUCCGCCACUGGGUGUGGUUACCCGCCCCACAUUUUGCGGGUAACCACACCCACAAAUAUAGAAUUAUGCUACCCACAACCUGCCUCACAGUGGGUAGUGGUUAACCACUACCCGUUGCGGGUUGGUUGUGGAUACCCACAAAAUUUUCACAUUAAAUAUAAUAAUAUGGUAAUUAAAUAGUGAUGUUGUGAUUCUUCUCACACAAAAACAAAAACAUACAUAAAAGAAAUUUAAUAAAGGGUUAAAUAAAUUAUAAAUCUCUAAUACAAUAGGUUAGUGAUUUGAAGAUAACGGAGAGGCGGAGUGACUUGUUACUAGCAAAUAUCGUUGCAUGUCACGGCUCCUCCGAUGGCAACAACAACAAAACACAAAAGUGGCUCGAUAAGUGGAGGUGCCUGCUUUUAAUGAAUCGAUUAUUCUCCACUCUUAUAGUAUUGUAUUGUUGGUAGUUGGUUGCACGUUGUGUUAUUCUUGAGUUCGUGGAGAAAUGGAGAUGAGUUUGGGUAUCAGACUAACCUUUAUCGAUUAUUCCCCUCUUUUAACGAAUCGAUUAAUUUAUCUGAUUAUAUCUAUGGACUUGGUUUUGUUAUAAAAUAAACAUAUACCACACGGACAAUGCUUAUUUGAUAAAAGUAAUACCCUAGUUUGGCCCGAAGUUUUGUUAUAAAAUAAACAUAUACCACACGGACAAUGCUUAUCGAUUAAUUUAUCUGAUUAUAUCUAUGGACUUGGUUUUGUUAUAAAAUAAACAUAUACCACACGGACAAUGUUACAAAAUAAACAUAAUACCCUAGUUUGGCCCGAAGUUUAACGUAAGUGUUAAUUUUGGCCCGACUUUUCUAAUAAGACAUUUGUGGCCUACUUUGCAAAGUAUUGGACAAAUUUGGCAUGAAACUUAUGUUGGCUGUUAAAACUAACGGUCAAACACUAUUCCGUUAGUGACUCAACAAAAAAUAGCUAAUGUGUCAUGCCACGUCACUAAAUACUAUUAUUUUAAUUUAUUAAUUUAAUAUAAAAAAUUAUCAAAUUAAAAAAAUUCCCUCUUACUCCCCUGUAUAAUUUUACCCCCAACCCCCAUAAAAAAAAAAUUACCCUCAACCCCAACCCUAAAUAAACCAAACCCGCAGCCUAUUCCCCCUCAUCCUCCCUUACCCAAAUCGCAACACCAAAUAAACCCAACGCCGCCGUCAUUUUCUCCCUAGCCCUGACGAAAAUUGCCGCACUAAAUUAAACCCACGACCCGCCGCCUGAGAAGGCCUCACCAGCCACAUCCGGUUCGAGACAAUCUCGACAAUGAUGCCACCCAGGACAUGACGUUGCUGUCCAAGCUAGCUCGCCGCCGUCACCAUCAUCUCUGUUGUUUCUUCUGCUCCAGAACUGCCCCGCCGCCUACAAGUUCGGCAAUGAGAUCGGCAAAUUCGGGACAAGGAGAUCGGCAAUCCAUCCCCUUUCCUCAGGUUCGGCACCUCGCGCUCGCAGGAUGCACGCGCGUCGCACCGCCGCCACCACUAGCGCUCCCCGUUUUGCCUCCGCAGUAGAGCCACUGUCACAAGCCCGACGAGCAGAGGGAUAGGGAAAGGCAGAGAGCAGUAGCUUCUGAUCUUGUGGACGGGAUCUCGAAGGAGCAGCAGCAGAAGCGAACGAACAAAAGAACGGUAGGGGAGAUGGAGCUCGGGUAGCUGAAUGAUGGGAUUGGUGGCGAGAUGGGUAGCGAGGGUAGGGUUUCGAUGAUUGUUAGGGAUUAUUUUUGGGUGGCGGGGAGUGAAUUGAGUUGUGAUUUACUUGUGAAGGGAGGGAGUUAGGUGGAGAUUGGAAAGUGUAUUUUAGAUUAUUUUUUUUAAGUUUUUGGUUUUUGAUUUUUAUAAUUUAAAUAAAUGAUGUGGCAAUCAGUUGUGAUUCACCACAGCAUUUUGAUGCUGAGUCACUAAUGGAAAACUAGUUGACCGUUAGUUUUAACAGUCAACAUAAGUUUAGGGCCAAAUUUGUCCAAUACUUUGCAAAGUAGGCCACAAAUGUCUUAUUAGAAAAGUCGGGCCAAAACUGACAUUUACGCUAAACUUCGGGCCAAACUAGGGUAUUAAUCCUAAAACCUCACAUGAACAUUGCGUAUUGACUUGGUUUUGUUUUAUAGAAUAAGGGCGUAUUUGAUUUCGUAGCUACUUUAAUUCUUAGUCUUUCAAGUUUCACAAACUAAUACAACUGAUAUGGUAAAUGUUGGUUACAAAGUAUUUUGAAGAAAUAAAUAUAACUAAUGUGGGUUUUGUGGGUAAACCGUUGUGGGUAGUGGUUAACCACUAACCACAAAAAUCAAUAUUUUGCUAUCCACACCCAACCCGCUAUCCACAAAUUGUGGGUAUGAGUAUCCACAAAGUAUGCGAUUUGGUUUGGUUUGCGAGUUACCCGCAAACCAAACUUCCACCCCUCAAUAAAUGGUGAAAUGCCAACUUUGUUUUAAUGACACUUUUUAAAUCUUGCUUUCUCAUUCAACCAUGUACUUAGCUUGCAAUAUGAACGAUUCUAUACAUAAUAUAUCAAUGAUUUUAUAAUAAUUAACCACUAUACCCGAACUACUAAUUUCUUCUAUUUAACGCCUAAUUUGAUUAUGGGUAGUCAGCAUUGCUUAGUUCACCAUGAAUUAUUUAAAAUUUUGGAAAGGGAACCCACAUUAUUUGUCGAGACCGAAUCAGUUUGCACUUCUUUAAUCAGACUUAAAUUUCAAAAAUUAAAUUAUUUUUUAAAUUAUUAGUGACACUUCACCACCAAAAAAUUUAGUGGUACGUAAUCAACUUAAAUUCAAAGUACAACUACAGAAAGAAUGCUAUUUUAUGUCAAACUAUAAAGUAAAGUUCAAAGAAUUUGUCAAAAGGGCCACAAUUAGUUGUUGACUUGGAUUACUUAAAAUCUAAUUAGGACGGCAAAUCUAGGAUUGAUUUAAUAGUAGUAUCGUUGGUUUUCAACUAGAGAAUUUGAAGUUAGAAUUACAGAAUUAAUUUUCACUUAUUUCACAAAAUUCUCGUGUGAAUGACAUAUGGAGCUAAUAUCAAACCUUGCAACCAAAACUAUUUACAACAUGGAAAGUUGAAGAGUUUGACAUAUUUGCUAAAAAAAUUAUUUGAUUUGAAUUUGUAUGAAAUUAUCAAGGUUAAGACUUUGAUUUAGGGGUCGUUUGGAAGUUGCGAUAGUUAAAUAGAUGUAUUGUUGAGAAUGCAUGUAUAAUAUUAUACAUGUGUUGUCGAAUUUGAUGCAUUGUAGAAUACAACGGUUGGUAUGUGUGAUUGUGUAUGUCGCAUCAGCUAAAAGCUGAGACAAAACAAUCUCAACUCAACUAUCUCAACAAUCAUAACUAAAAGUUGAGAUAUAACAAUCACUCAAAAUGAGUGAUAGUUUCUAUCACAUCAUAGAAACAAUUCAUGUAUUAUUUCUGCUAAAAAAACAAAAAAACGAUGCAUUGUAAACAAUACAUACAUAAUGACAAU